CUCUCCAUUUUUCUGAAAUAUUUCAUUGUAUCUCAUCUCAAUUUUUUUAAUUAACUCCCCAUUAUCAAUUUCAGAAAGCUUGCUUAAUUUUGACGCUCCGUUUUAUUUUUAUGUAGCAGUUAAGGAUUCAGCAUUUUAUAAUAAAUAAAAAAAAUGGUUGUGUGGUAUGAUAAAUAUUAAGUGUAUAACCUAUGGUAUGAUACCUUUGCCGUCCUGGCAAUUAAAAAAAAUUCAAGAAAAAACUCCAAGUGUCGAAAACCUCAACCAAAUAAUAAAUACAAUUAAAACUAUCGAGAGCUGAAAUUCAGAAAUUUUAAAGAAUUCAUAGCUCGUGAAAAUGGCACUCCGCCUGGGAGGAGCACUGAAAGAACUGCGUAUACAUUUAUGUCAAACCAGCAAACAGUCUGAGGGAGUGAGGGAAUUUAUCAAAAACAACUAUGUCAAUAUUAAGAAGGAAAACCCCAAUUUUCCUAUAUUAAUUAGAGAAUGCAGCGGUAUUCAACCUAGAGUGUGGGCGCGUUAUGAAAGAGGAGCUGAAAAAUCAACACCUCUCACAAAUUUAUCAGCAAAUGAUGUUCAGUCGGCCAUCAAGCAGUUAGUGAAGUGAAUUUAAGUUAAAUAUUAUGUAAUUGUUCAUUAAUAAAUGUUUUAUUAGCGUU